UUGAUACAUACACAUUCAUUAAUGAUACAUACUGAAAAAACGAAAAAUAAGCAAAGAUGUCAGCAACAAAAAAACGUGUUGUAUGGAGCGAGCAGGAUGACCAAAUCCUGAUUGAGCUGUGGGCGCAACGUGCUGCUGAUUUGCGUCGAGCCAAACGAAAUGGGCAUAUUUAUGCUGAUAUUUCCAAGCAAAUGGCGCAUACAAAAGUGCGCAAUUUGACCCAAAAACAUAGGGAUGAGAAAAAGAAUGUGGGUGCGUCAGGUGGCAGUCCAUCAACAUGGAAGCAUUAUAUAGCGCUACACCAAAUUAUUGGAGGAACCGCUGUUAACAAUGCGGAAGUACACGAGUCAUUUUUAUUAGACACAAUACUAAAUGAAUCCAGCCAGUCGGUAGUAGCACCAUCUCCAUCGCCUCCGUUAGCACCGUCAACACCUUCACCAUCGACAUCCAUAGCAGCAGCAUCGACGCCCUCGCCAGUACCACUGCUUUUAGCAUCAGCUGUAUCGCCUCGUGAUUCAUCUGCACCUGCUUCUUCUGGAAGAAAAAGAAAACAUACGGGAGAAGUGAUCAGGAUCAUGCAUGAACACACAGAAUUGCUGAGGAGUGUUGUGGAUGAUACCAAGGUGCUAACAAAUGAGGUUGUUACUGCCAUAAGGGAGCAAAAUGACACCUCCAAAGAGUUUUUAAAUUUAAUGAAGAUUUUCAUAGAUAAGUUUUAGACAAUAAGCGUACAUACACUCGUCGUAAUAACUAUAAAUCCACCACACAUUGAAAAGUUUUACCAACUAAUAUUUUUAUUAUUUAAUUAAUUUUUUUUUAUAAAAAAUACAUGUAGUCUAUUCUUAAGCAAAAACUGUACAAAUCCACAUUUCAAAAAGUAGAUAACUUAUGCAAAAAUCCAUCUAUAUGUUUAGCUUUUUGAUAAGAUUUUUUAGAAAGAUUUGUAGUAUGCAGUUUUAUAGAUUAUCAAAUUUUAGUACAAUAAAGUGCAAGUGCGAAGUUUCUGAAAAAUUCCGCUGACUCUACACUUACACUUAAUUCUGCUAAAAUUCAAUGGGCUAUAAAACUGCAUAUUAAAAAUGUUUUUAAACAACAUUAAAAAGCUCAAAACUUAGAUAGAAUUUUGCAAAAAUUUUCUACUUUUUACACAAAGUUGGAAAUUUGGAAUUAUACAGUUUCUGCUUAAAAAUAGACUAUAUUGAAAAUGACUUAAAUAAUAAAAAAAUAGUUGGUAAAACUUGUCAAUAUGGGGUGGGUUACAGUUAUUAGGACGAGUGCAUGUUAAAAUUAAUAUUUUAAAAAUAUGUGAAAUGACAUAAAUGAAUAGACCGAAUUGUUUUUUAGUUUUAUAGUCAUUAUAUUACAAGUGCUUGUUAAAAUUAAUUUCUUUAAAAGUGAAAUUAAUAGACUGAAUUGUUUCUUAAUUUUAUAGUUAUUAGAUUACAAG